AUGGUUAUAAGUUGCUUUAUACGUUCCUUGCCUUGGGUUAACAUAACCAAUGCCAUACCUGUGCCUCUAAGACUUCCGAAAGAUGUAGAAACCAUUAUUGGAGAAGGAGGGUUUGGAAAAGUAUAUCUUGGAAGCCUGAAAGAUGGCACUAAAGUAGCUGUCAAGUUGUUAUCUCAAUCAUCGCAGCAAGGCUGUAAGGAGUUUCUUGCGGAGGUCCAACUGUUGAUGAUUGUUCAUCACAGAAAUUUGGUCUCCCUCAUUGGUUAUUGUGAUGAGCAUGAAAACAUGGCACUUGUUUAUGAAUACAUGGCUAAUGGGAACUUGCGUGAGCAUUUAUUAGGUAGAAAAGAGCACAAAUUUGUUGAAUUGGAGGGAAAGGCUUCAAAUUGCAGUAGACGCAGCACAAGAUUUCGUUCAUCAGGAAACUUAAAUAAGAAGAGUGAUGUUUACGGCUUUGGUAUUCUUCUACUUGAGCUAAUAACUGGUCAGCCUGCUAUAAUAAGGGGCCAUGAGUGCAACACUCACAUCGUUCAAUGGGUUAGUCCUCUAAUUGAAACUGGGGAUAUCCAGAGCAUUAUCGAUCCAAGGUUGCAAGGUGAAUUCAGCACAACUUGUGCUUGGAAGGCUCUGGAUGUAGCAUUGUCCUGCGUGCCCCAAACUGCAGUACAAAGGGUGGACAUGAGUUAUGUUUUGAUAGAGCUAAAGGAAUGUUUGGCCAUGGAGGUGUCAUCUGAAAGGACACAUACACAGAGUGGGUCGACCAGAAUGCGCAAUUCCAUUGAAAUGAACUUGGUUCUUGAAACAGAUAUGGCUCCACAUGCUAGGUAG